CGAAAGCCAACGGCUUUUGUGCAGUCGUUCAUCAAUGCGGUCAACAAGGCGCUUUUUAACGACCUGGCAGAAUAUGCCCUCAAGCAGAUUCUGGAUGAUGUCCCUUCGGCAUCUGGUGGUAGUGUCCUCUCUGUGUAGUUUGAUAUUCGGAUACUCUGAGAGAGAUAGAGUACAUGACCUGAUGUCCAGAUAUCCUCUUAUUGAUGGUCAUAAUGACCUCGCUCUCCAGCUGAGGAAACUUCACGACAAUCGGCUGAGCCAGAUUGACCUCCAUAAUGUUAGCAAAGUGGCCACGGACAUCACCCGCCUCCAAGCAGGCCAUGUACAGGCUCAGAUGUUUGCAGUCUAUGUGAUGUGUGGGGCCCAGGAGAAGGAUGCUGUGAGGCUGACUCUGGAACAAAUAGAUGUAGUCAGACGCAUGUGCACAGAGUACCAGGACUUUGAACUGGUCACAUCUGCCCCGGAGCUAAAGAAUUCUGAGUUGAGGCGCAAGAUAGCCUGUCUAAUAAGUAUUGAGGGAGGCCACUCUAUUGACAGCAGCCUGCCAGCCCUGCGGAUGUUUUAUCAGCUCGGGGUCCGAUCCAUGGCCCUCACACAUACCUGCAACACACCCUGGGCCGAAUCAUCCUCAAAACUUUAUAAUGUUUAUCAAAGACAGAAAGACAGCCUGACACGCUUUGGGAAGGCUGUGGUGGAGGAGAUGAACAGACUGGGGAUGAUAGUUGACCUCUCCCACACUUCUUGGGGCACAGCCUCGGCUGUGCUGAAGCAUUCCAAGGCUCCCGUUAUUUUUAGCCAUUCAUCUUCCUACGCCAUCUGCGACCACGGCCGCAACGUACCUGACAAGCUGCUGCACGAGCUGAAAAAGAACCGGGGGUUGAUCAUGGUGAAUCUCCACAGCAAUUUCAUUUCCUGCAGGGAUGAAGCGAACAUAUCCCAUGUAGCUGACCAUUUUGAUCACAUUAAGAGGGUGAUUGGAGCUGAGUCAAUAGGAAUUGGAGCGGACUUUGAAGGUGCUGUGAGCUUUCCUCAGGGGUUGGAGGAUGUGUCAAAGUAUCCAGCCCUCAUCCAGGAACUGCUGCAAAGGAACUGGACUGAGGAUGAGUUGGCCGAUGUCCUUCGAAGGAACUUCUUGCGAGUGUUCGAGGAGGUUGAGAGGGUCCGUGAUCAGUUGAGCGUGAACCGGCCCAGUGAGAUCCAGAUCCCUGUAGCGGAGGCGCAGAAUCCCUGCAGGAUGGUCCUCAGACCUCCAAACCUGAGAGAGCUGCCCUCUGACCAGAGUUCUUCCUCCAGAGCCCAUCAGAGCCCAGAAGCUCUGCUAAUCCUUGCCACAGUUCUGCUUCUUUCCAGCCUGUUCAUGAUUGAAUGAAUAUUUAGAAAGUCAGUUCAGCUGCACCUUCUUUUUUUAAAGUGGAUCAUUUUUAAUGUGAAAAAGAAGAGCUUGAUGAGAUUGCUGAGAUUAAUCACUUUCUUACCACCAAAACAAAAAAGGAUUUAAUGUGUAGCUGCAUUUGGGAGGUUAUUUAAAUGGCAACCUCUGUGAAUGCAGUAUGAUAUAGUGUACAUAGAAAAUAUACAGACCAAUCCCCUGAAAGGCACUUUGACAUUCAGUUUGGAAUAUAUUUAUCAGAUAUUUAACUUGUUGCUGAAUUUAUUGUACCUGUGCUGACACCAUCUCU